AAGAGUCGCGGCACCACUUGGGAUGUAGUAGGGAGGAAUCCGCGGCAGCAUCGCAUUUGAUGCACUGCUCAGCACUACUGCUGCUCAGCACUGAGCAUGACUCUCAUUCACUGCUCAGCAUGCAACUAGCUGUGAUCGACAGAAAGACUUCACCUCAGACUAGGAACGUCUUAAGUGAGAGUAGAGGCUGAGAUGCAUGCAUUUCAGUUUGACUUGUCAGACUCGUGAUAGUCCAAUGAUAGGACAGCUUUGAUGAUCGACCACAUCCCGAUCAUUUGUUGAUCAAGUUUUUCUUCUUUGUUCUAUUCGCUGAUCAUUCUCCAAAGAAACCAUGAUUCACAAGAUCGUUUUGGCACCCAUGAGAAUGCUUGAUGAUGCCCCAUGGACCUGGAAGGGUGCAUGGAACUCCGACAUGCCCAAGUUCUUCCAGGGCAUGCCCAGUGGCGUGACCGACAACAUCUUUGAUGACCUGGACACAGAACCCGUCGAUUACAGCUACACUAAGGUGAGCGUUGAAAAAUGCCGCAUGCGGAUUGUCCUUAUACCUAACUCAUUGUCGUUCAGCCUGUCGACCCCACUGAGUACCAGGAUGGGUGGUUGGGUGACGUCAUCAACAUCUACUAAGAGAAUGUCCUCAUGGAUUUCCAUCAGCCUGCAGAAUGUGAAAAAAGCGCAUGCUCAUAUCUACUAAUGCGAA